AUGGCUACUGCUGCUGCUGCUGCCGUGUCUGCUGCUGCUCUUCGCCCCGAACUUGAAGUCGAAGUUACGGGGGCGUACACACCCCAAGAGCUCCUGCCCCAAGCCUACCGCCUCGGCCGUGACGCGGCCAACAAGGCGGGGUUUGAGUCCAGUCUUCCCAAGGUGAACUGCGUGGUCAAGAGACGGGAAUUCCGCCGCACGUUCACGCCCCCGGGAGAAGCUCAAGCGCACGAGGUUGCCGGAGAUGGGGAUUGUGCUUACCACGCCUUGCUGAAAGGUCUCCAGGCGAGUCUUGGACAAACGAACAUCCGUGUUCUAUGAAUGUCUGAUGGUAUGAAGAGUGCCCUCAAACACAGCAUCAUCUCCCACAUCCUAGGACCAUCAGCGUCGCAAGCGGUCAUGACCACUCUGCUUUCGACUGAGCAGACGCGUCGGGCUCGCGCUCUUCAGUGCACUGAAACUUUCCGGAUGCAUCCGUAUGAGCUGAACACACCUGAACCCGCGGACAAAGGCGUGAUGACCUACGGUUGGCUGGAUUCGAUAGGGCAAGAGAAGCUACGGACGGAGUGGCUGGACUUGUGCUGGCUUUCACUCAUCCCGGAAAUGUACGAGGGCAACAUGGCGGUUUGGGAGCCUAGCGGGAGAGGGUAGUUGGUGCAGCUGUACAAGAAGAUCAUGUGAGGCCUCUUUCUGUUUGACAAAAAAAUCAAGCACGACGAAGAGGGGCAUAAGUGGGUGCACCUGUUAUACCGCAGCGGGACGGGAGUAGUUGGGAAGCGAGAACCGAAGUUGGGGGUGACGAAAAUACGGUGUCUCGCCACAACCACUUCGACUUUCUAGAGCUCGGUGCCGACUUUGAGGCUGAGUUCGACGCUAUCAUCUCCGUCGCCCGGUCUGGAGGAGAGGGCGACGGCGACACUUCGCUGCCGUCACCUGUGCCGGUGAAAAGGAGGAGGGCGGCGGGGAGUGCGGAGACGACGUUGAAGCGGCAACGCACGAGCACGAAGAAGUCGCAGCUGGAAGCUGACGACGGGCCGCUGGCGCAAUCGAAGCGCAAUCGGACGGCGAAGAGCGAUGGGGGUAGCACAAAAAAACAAGGGCCAAGCGGAGAAAGCAAGGAAACGUCAGGGGGAGGUGGCGCGGCCGGCAGCACCGGGGGGGCAACUAC